AUUGAAAUCCGAACUAAAUUCUCGUUCAACCAACUUCAGACUAUGAAUAGCCCAUCGCCAAGCACACAUCAAUGAAUUGGUUCCGUGUGACGUUUCCACAUUUCUCUUAACCAAAAGUUUUUUUUUGUACUUGGAUUUUAAGCUGCAACUAAGAAAAUGCCAGCAAUCGAAGAUAUUAAGUAUUCGUGGGCUGAUGAAGUGGAAUUGGAUUCGGGAAAUCUUCCACCGCCAACCGAGAGCAAUGAAAAUGGAUUGAAAGUGCAGACGGAAUACAAGCGGAACAGUGACGAGAAAAAGGUCAAAGUGGUGCGCACGUACAAAAUUUUGAAACAAUUUGUACCAAAAUCAGUUGCACGACGAAAGGCCCUACCGAAAUUCGGCGAUUCAAAAGAUGACAAACCCGGCCCAAGUCCACAAACAACAAUGGUGUCAGAAGAUGUGAACAUGCAAUUCAUUACAAACAAGGAAGAAGAGAAAUCAAAUGAUCCAGCCAUCGAUCCAUCAAAGAAUUUUGCCAAAUGUCGUAUUUGUAACGGUGACCAUUGGUCGGUUAACUGUCCAUACAAGGGUACAUCGAUGGAAACGGGUAAAUUGGCUGACGUGAAACCAACCACAUCGACCGAACCGGUUGGUGCCAAGCCGGGCAAAUAUGUGCCACCGUACAUGAAAGACAGUGCUAACAAAGCUGGUUUGGCCGGUGCUCGUCGUGAUGAUUCCACAAAUAUUCGCAUUUCAAAUCUCUCCGAGUCGAUGGUCGAAGCCGAUCUCGAGGAAUUGGUCAAGAAAAUUGGACCAUAUCAGAAAAUCUACUUGGCCCGCGAUCGUAUCACUGGACUCUGUAAAGGAUUCGCUUAUGUUACAUUCAAACAACGCAAAGAUGCUGCUAAAGCUAUUCAACUGCUUAACGGUCAUGGUUAUGAUCACUUGAUUCUUAAUGUCGAAUGGUCCAAGCCACAAACACAAAAUUAAACGAAAAAUAAAAAAAUUUUUCUUUCUUUCGUUGCGAUCACAAAAAUUCAUGGUUAAGAACAAACAUUCAAUUCUGAAAUAAUGGAAAUAGAGAAUUUCAACCGAUUUAUUUGUAUUCGUACACAUCGUACACAUUUAAUAAAUGCAAGAAUAUUGAUAAUAAUUGAACAACAGA